AUGAAUACAAGUUCAAAAUUACCAUCAAGUUUGCAUCCACUCAUUGCUGGUGGAGCAAGUGCAUUUAUAACAACAACAUUAUAUCAACCAUUAGAUUUUCUUAAAACUCAAAUACAAGAACCUAAAGAGGGAAUUUCCAAACGUUCGAUACGAUCAAUAACGAAAUAUACUAUACAACAAUAUUCACCACUUCGUUUAUGGCGUGGUUUAACACCGUCUUUAUUUCGUGCUGUACCUGGUAGUGCUCUUUAUUUUCAUUUACUCAAUGUACUCAAAGAAAAAAUACCAAAAUCCCAACAAACAGUUUUCGUUAAUGGAGUUUGUGGUGCUGUAGCUCGAGGUGUCGCUGAUUUAGCUGUUUUUCCAUUUACAUUAAUCAAAGCUAGACUUGAAAGUUCUCGAUAUACAACAAUGAAUAUGAUUGCUAUCAUUAAACAGGUAUACUCAAUUCAUGGUUUACAAGGUUUUUAUACUGGUCUUCUACCUACUUUAGCACGAGAUCUUCCAUUUUCUGGUAUUUAUUAUAUGUCCUAUCGUAAAUUGAAAGAUAUAUUUUCACAUGAUACGAAUAUUCCAUUAAAUAAAAAUUGGAUAACAUCUCAAGCUUUUAUAAGUGUCGCAGCUGGUUUAGUUGCAUCGUUUGUUACUCAACCAGCUGAUGUCAUUAAAACAUAUCGACAAGUAGCUCCAACUGAUUAUAAAAAUGUUUCUAUAACAGUUAAAUUUAUUAUUAAAACAUAUGGUUUAAUUGGUUUUGGAAGUGGUUUUCUUCUUCGAGCAUUUCGUCGUACACUUGUAGCUGCAACAGCUUGGACUUUAUAUGAAUCAUUUUUAAAAUAA